GUCCCCUGCGCUCGUGUCAGACGUGUGCCAAAAUGUGUCAAAGACUUAGGUUACAAAACUGGCCUCUAAUAUGACUUAUCAACUGUACUAUCGCCCAUUGAAUGUUUUCUCAUACUAGGCUAUUUAAUGUCCGAUAAUAUCGCAACAAUAACCUUCUAUAAUGUCAUCAGAUCAAAUGUCGUUUCAGCAAGAAAACAUACAAAUCAGAGGUGAAGAAGUAGACUGACGGACGGCUUUGCUCAGGGUUUGCUAGUCGCUUCAUACUCAUCAUUCCUCCCGGUUCUUCAUGCCAAGGGAACUACGACUCCCAUGAAACCGCAUAGUGCCUACUGUUAAUAUCAAUAUGGCUUCUGUCUGUCAGACAAAGGCAAAUCUGUCUCGCAUCGAAAUGAAAUCAAUUUAGGAGGACAGCGAGGGCGAGCUAAGCAAACAAAAUCCCCGGUGCAUAUUUGUGUCGGGAAUCAGGGGAAACAGUUACAGUAGGACCAAUACAUUGCCCAGUAAUUAAAUGCUGUGGUGGACAGAGGCCCAAGAUUCACAGAUCAAGAAUGUCUCAUUACACAGACGAGCCUCGGUACACCAUCGAGCAGAUCGACCUGCUCCAACGGCUGCGUCGCACGGGCAUGACCAAGCCGGAGAUCCUGCACGCGCUGGACACCCUGGAGCGGCUCGACCGCGAGCACUCGGACAAGUUCGGCCGCCGCCCGGCCCCUUCCUUGUCCGCCCCGCCCACCAACAACGGCGCGCCGGCGCUCGCCAACAGCCUCGCCGUCGCCGCCGGCAACAGCAACAGCAGCAUUACCGCCUCCUCCUCCACCGGCAAAACCUCCAGCCCCCUCGCCUCGUCCAACUGUAACGCCUCAGCCGCCAUCGCCGCGGCCACCUCCACGACCUCCACGGCAACCCAGACGGCCUAUCGGGGUGCCGCUCUCUCACCAUCCUCAGCCAACAACUACGACACCUCGCCCCCUCCCAUGGCGCUGCCACUCUCCCUGCCCCCGCCCUCCAUGCCAACCCCGAUGCCCCUGCCUACCUCGGCCCAGAACGGGCGCGGGGACGCCUUGGCCGUCAUGCCCAACGGUAAGCUCUCGCCGCCCCGCUACCCCGUCACCAGCGCCCCCCCGCGGCCCUACGGGUACGAGCCUACGGAGGACGAGCUGGACAUCGAAGACAAGGUGGAGGAACUAAUGAGACGGGACAGUGCCAUAAUAAAGGAGGAAAUUAAAGCCUUCCUGGGUAAUCGGCGCAUCUCUCAGGCUGUGGUGGCUCAGGUCACAGGUAUCAGUCAGAGUCGUAUCUCCCACUGGCUGCUGCAACAGGGCUCUGACCUCAGCGAACAGAAGAAACGCGCCUUCUUCCGCUGGUACCAGCUAGAGAAGACUACGCCUGGUGCCACUCUGAACAUGCGCCCCGCCCCUCUGGCCUUGGAGGACAUUGUGGAGUGGCGACAGACUCCGCCUCCCUUAGGCUCCACCCCUGGCAGUUUCCGUCUCCGCCGGGGCAGUCGCUUCACGUGGAGGAAAGAGUGUCUGGCAGUGAUGGAGAGCUACUUCAAUGAUAAUCAGUACCCCGAUGAGGCCAAAAGGGAGGAGAUCGCCAACGCCUGCAACGCAGUCAUCCAGAAGCCAGGGAAGAAGCUGUCGGACCUCGAGAGGGUCACAUCCCUCAAAGUUUACAACUGGUUCGCCAACCGGCGGAAGGAGAUCAAGCGAAGAGCCAACAUAGAAGCAGCAAUCCUGGAGACGCAUGGGAUCGACGUCCAGAGUCCUGGCGGUCACUCCAACAGCGAUGACAUUGACGGCGGCGACUACCCAGAGCAGGUGGCCUCGGAUCAAACUCUAGGAGGGAGAGCAGUGGCCAGAGCGUUUGGCUUCAGCAGAGGUGGCCUGUCAUCUCCCACUCAGGUCCCCACUCUGCUGCCCAGCUGGCUCUCCCCCUGGCCCAGUCCGGGCAGGGUGGGCCUGGCAGCUCAGAGGGGGGCAACUGCUGGUGGCGCCCCCUUGGGGCGAUUCUUGGCAGGGCAGCAGGGGCAACAACAACAACAACAACAACAACAACAGCAACAACAACAACAGCAGCAGCAGCAGCAACCACAGCAGCAGCAACCUCAACCUCAGCAGCAGCAGCAGGCGUCGUCCGAGGCCUCCAGACUGACCGCUGUCUCCUGGUCUCCCUCCCCCCCCCAGGAGGACGGACCGGCAGGCCAUGGCGGCGAGCACCAGGACCCGAUCACGCUAGCAGUGGAGAUGGCCGCAGUCAACCACACCAUCCUGGCCCUCGCUCAGCAGGCCACCGCGGGCACCGGCGACAUCAAGACCGAGGUGCUGGACGACGACUGAGUCACCGCCACGCCACCCACCACCCGCCACCCGUGCCGUCCCGUCCUACAGACACCCCACCCCACAACACGCGCACACACACGCACACACACACAGAACCCCCCCCCCCAAACACACACACACACAGAACCCCCCCCCCCCAAACAAACACACACACACACACACACACACACACACACACACACCCUUGCCCCUGGAGUGUAUGCUGCCGAGCGGGCCAAGGGUGGGUGGGGUUUGAGGUGGGGGUGAGAGGGAGCAGAGACAGAGGUGGAGGAGGAGGAGACCUUGUGUGUAGGAGACGGAGUGUGUGUUUGUCAAAGUGUGACGUGCCCAACAGUAGGUGGAAGGUUGGUGCGUUCUGUCGUGUUGGUGACGUCAACGACCAAAAAAAAAAAAGAUAACAAACAAAAACAGAUAUAAGGAUUAAAGUAGAGACUCACCGCCAUUUUCGACAUUUACCCCCCCCCCCCCCACCACACAAAAAAAAAUAUCCUCCUCUUACAGCCAAUAUUGUGAUAUGAUGCCCCCUAUAGACAGAGGUGUGAAUAGGCAUCCUCGGCAGUUUUCAGUGUCUGUGAAACAGAAACAUAUAUGCUCUUGUCUGUGUGUAACUAAAAUCAGAAUAUUCUAAUAAUCUCAGAGCCUGUUAAUUUCCUCUGGGGCAUGACGUCAUGUUGCCUAUGCCUUUUCUGUUUGGUACACUUGCCCCAGACAAAUCAACAACUGCCCCACACCCACCCCACCACCCGACUCCAGUAUCUCUCAGCUGUUUUUCAGUUUCAGUCGAGGCGAGGUUCGUCUCCCUUCCUCCAAGAGGAACUCUUUCUGUGCUAACCGGCAGUAGCAAAGAUGCCCCACUCCUGCUGCCUGUAUCUAUGCCCCCGCCCUUCUCUCAGAUGCCAAAGGGGUAUGGAUCAUCAAGAAGCAAACUGGAAAUCAGAUUGUCCGCAGGAUCAAAGCAAUUGUACUUUGUUCAGACAUGACAGGUUCUUCCACUAUUUAAGGUUCAUCCUCUCAGUACCACACUGAAGAACAGUUUUAACUCUUUGGGAUUUUUUUUGUCCUAGCUUUUUUCAAAGUUCUUAGACAGUGAAACUCCUCACACGACAGAUAACCUCACAGAGUCAUGUACAAUAAUAUAUUCUCUGAAGCUGCUGUAGAUUAACCUAUUAUCAGUACAAAUGUUGACUAGGUCAUACUCCUCAGUUGCAAAUAAUGUGAUGCUAACAGUGGUCUAACCAGUGGGACUUGGGUGAAAUAAGACAGUAUGAAAGCUGUUGAAAGGUGGGAUGAGAUGUUCAAGGAGAAUGAGAUUUUAAGGUAGCAUGAGCAAUCCUAAUGCAGUUUGAGCAAUUUCAAGAUGAUAUGAGUGGUUUUAAGUUAGUAUGAGCUAAUUCAAAGUGGUAUGAGUGGUUUGAAGAUGGUAUGAGUGAUUUUAAGGUGGUGUGAGUUGUUUAAAGGUGCUUCUUUCUCGCACUUAAAGUGCAGUUGGGAGAAAAUCAACUUCCUGACAAUCAGGUGAUGGAGAAGACCGUGUGACGAGGGACACGAAAGCGGUGUGCGUGUGUGCUUGUGUGUGUGUUUGUGUGUGUGCUUGUGUGUGUGCAUGCAUGCAAGAGGGACAGAGAGAGUGGGUGUGUGUGUGUUUGUGUUGUUAACUGGGUCACCAGUGUCUGGCUCUACCCAAAGUGAUUAUGUGUAUGAUUCCAUGGAAUGGGCCAGAGAGAGGGUGAAAUGAUGAGGGUUCGCAAAUCAUGUGCUACGCCACUCUCUUGGGUUAAACAAGCUAUCAGACAGGCUGAAGAUAAACGCAUGAACGUGUCCACGCAUUUUGCUCAUUGUGUUAAAUAACGUAUUUGGCACACUAAACUCUUAUUGUAGCCUUUUCUUAUUUAUCUUUUUGUGAUCGGCAAAGAGAUUAUGGUAACAUACUGUAUGGGAUUAUUUAUUGUUUUUAUACCCCCCCUUCCCCACCAAGAUUGUCACUUUAGUACAAAAGUACAAAUAGACCCUCCAGUCUCACGAUGAGAGUGCACAUCCCUUGGUAGGAGAGUCUGUCGGACAUCGGACAUUAGUUCUUAGUUUGUGGUCAUAAGGUGCUAGUUCAGAGGAACGACAGCAAACGUGGUGUAGGGACCUUAUAAGCUGCUGUUAUCAAACCUCAUACACCAGUGUGUUGAUUGAGGUCUGAACGUCCUACAUAGGAACUAUCGGUGCAUUCCAGACAACUCGUAAGUCGGAGGUAGGACUUUGAAGUUUGGGUAGAUCGACUUACCCUGAGUUUAGAAGUGGGAAAUCCGACUUAAAGUAGUGUUUCAUUGUACUUUCUUUCCAGUAGGAGGUGGUAAUUCUUGACUUAUCGAAUUUGUCUGGAAAGAAAUUGGGAGAUUCCAACUAGGAAAUAUCCGACUAAUGUGUUUUCUGGAACACAGCAUAAAAAUGAAUUAGAUCGGCACUUCGCCACAACUCACUGAUUGGCUGUUCAACUGUGGACAGCUGUCUUCUCAACAGUCUUUAGACUACAAGCCCAGUCCACAUUGCUGUAAUAUGACAGCAUCAGUGCUGCGAUAGGGAGCCAAUGGGAUGUUGUGGUCUAAUAAACUUCUUGUGCAAGAAUCCUAUUGCCAGGAAAGAGUUCUGCAUUAAACCAUCACGUUAGGUCCCUAAUUGAAAUCCACUUUCCCAGUCAUAACAUUUUUUUUUUUUUUUCCGGGAAUGAGAAGGUUUCUAAAAAGAGAACCUUAGAAUGGAUCAUGUAUGAGGUCAAGCCAAAGAGAAUGUUAUUUUAUUUCUGCUGCACUUGGUUUCAUCCAUCUAUCUUUCCAAACCAUGUAGAGAUGUGUUAGGAUCACAGGCAGGUGUGUUAAGAGCCAGAGUACAAAUCAGUAGACCAGAUCUGGAGAGAGAAUGUCGGGUUCACCAACCCCCGGAUCCCCCUCUUUUCAUACAUAUGUGGUUUGCUCCAUAGCUCAGUGUUCUGCAAGAGGGCACUGUCAGGACGGGUCAAACCGUCCACUGGUAACGUACGAGUGUAGGUCUGUCUGAUGGCAUGAGACAGACGGGGACAGGCCCGGUUGUGGUCACUCAGAACCACCCACUGUGCUGUGUGUGACCCUUGACCCUUAGGACGCUGCUUUCAAUGUGAACGGAAAAUGACUAGAUAAGCUUUUUUUAAAAAAAAGAAAUCUACCCCCUUUCUCUUUCCUCAGUAUCUAUUGAAUGAUGGUUAAGCUGGUGUGUGAGUGCACCAUGUCCUUUCCUCAGAGCCAAGCCAGACCCCUGCAAUGCUCUGCUAUCAGUAUCCGCUAAACUAAUGCUUACUUCUAUAUCAAGUGUAACUCAAGAGACUAUAUAGGAAAGCUGUUCUAAAUCAAGAGAUAGAAAUAUUAUAUAUGUUUUGAUUUAUUUCUUUGUGCAAAUUCUGCCAAGCAGAAAUGUAUAGCAUCAAAUGAACCUUUGUUAUUAUUUUGUCAAGAAAUGCUUUAUGUGUUUGAAACACAUUUCCAGUUUCAAACUGUUCUUUAAAAUAAUCAUGUUUUUAUUGUUUUCAUGUUUAUCUGUUUUGUAUUUUUUUAUCAUCAUGUAUGCACAAUCUGCCUUUUUGCGUUUCCCCGAGUGUACUCUCUCUCUCAAUGGUAAAUUCACCUGUUUUGGGACGUUUUGGUAUGAGUAGAAUAAUACAUUUCAGAGCCCUUCUAGACUGCAUUGUAGGUAGUCCUCAGACAGCUGUGUCCAAAACAAACAAACAAACAAACGAACGUCCCCCUCGCCGAGGUUGCGGUGCUAGAGCUAAUCUUACCAUUAUAUAAUACUAUCUAUUUCACUCUCCCUUCAAUCAUGAGACAUCACUAACCCUGUGGAACUUGUAUAGGCUGUAAUUAAGUAUAAACAGUGUAGGCACAUCAGCUCGCUUGCUAAUGCCACUUAAAAUACGGAGAGUUAAGUGCAUGUGCGCCAUGCACAGUUCAUAGUGCACGGGUAGGUAGCCAAGGUCUUUGGAAACAUAAAUCACUUGUUACUCUUCCUGGACGCUGUUGGUCACUGCUUGUGCGCAUAUAGGCUACACACAAUAACGUUUCUAGGCGUAAGUCAAUGAAGAACACGGCUUCUGAGCAGAUAGUCCCGAAGGCUCCUGAUAAGCAACAUCCGAGUGCUUGCAAUGGUUCCACGAGGUUCCUCCCCGAAGAGAUCUCCCCUCUCUGACCCUGAAGGAGGUAGUUUGCCAUUGACCGCACGGGGGUACAGAACGCAGCCGUCUUGGUUUCCUACCCCUUGUUGAAUAUGUGAAUAUAUUAAAUAUAUUAACAGAUGUUCUAUGAGGUGAAAUGGAUAAAAACAAUUGUUGUAUCAAUUUGAAAUAGUUAAGUCCUGUAUCUUCUCCUAUUUCAGAAUUUAGUGCCUUUUUUGGACAGUAGACUGUUCUGUAAUUACUUUGUAGUAUAAGAUCUAUAUGGCUUUGUUACUUUUUUCUUUCUUUGUUUAUUUUCAAAUCUUUUUUUUUAAACUUGUGUUUAUUUUAGUAUCGUAUCUUCUAAAGAAUAAAGACUGAACAACGA